AUGGCAGGUAUAGUACCCUACAUCGAAGUCACUCUCAGCUGGCUCUUCAAGAACGCCCGUGGCCGCGACGACAAGUCGUUCUACACGUUGCCCGCCUUCGCCUCGCACGCCGAGCAAACCAUCACUGUCACGUCGCCAGACUGCGGCGCGUCCCCUGCGACCCUGGGCCCAGAGUACAUCCACGAAGGCGGCGGCCGGAUCCCGGGGCUCUCCUGGACGGCUCCGAGCGAUCUCGAGCCGAAAGUGAAGCAGUGGCUCAUCGUCGUCGAGGACCCGGAUGCUCCCUUGCCGACGCCCAUCUGCCACGGGAUCUAUGGCGGGAUCGCGUCUGAGACAAGGCAGGUCAACGCCCAGGACUUUGAGGUCGAAGACGAAAAUAUAUCCCUUCUGAAAGGAGGGUUUCAUUGGGGCAAGGGAAGACGGGAUGUCGUUUACCUCCCCCCGCGGCCGCUUCUGAACCACGGCCCCCACAGAUAUUUCUUUGAGGUCGUGGCGCUGAGUGAACCCCUGGAUAAGCAGAUGCUCGAGGCCCGAGCCACGAAAGAGCAGGUGGCCGAAGCCAUCGUGGGAAAGGUACUCGGUUGGGGCAUGUGGGUCGGGAGCUGCGAGAGGCGGUGGCAAUGA